GAAGGCCGCGAAUCCUCGUCUUCCUCAGGCCUUGCAGCAAGGGACCUCAGCAAAGUGUUGAAGCAUCCUACUUCCUUCUCGUGUCAGACACGAGAUGAAGAGCUGGUGAAGUGGCCAUCCUGGGCAUGGGAGUUUGAACAGUACUUAGGCACCCUAGACAAGUCAUUCCAGGUUGACUUCAAGCGUUUGAAGGAUAAUGCCAAAACUGUUGUGGAUUUUUCGGUUUUGACAGAAACUGAGAAGGACAGGUCGCGCAUCAUGUAUGGCUUGUUAGCCUCGCUGCUCAACGAUCGCUUGAAGCGGUUGCUGAAGACCGUGGGUGACAACAACGGCUACGAGGCUUACCGCCUCAUCUCUUUGGAGCUUCGUCCGUCUAGCAGGACCCGAGCCCUAGCGCUCAUGCAGACCAUUCAUAACUGGCCUGUUUUCGACAGCAAGCAAGGACUCUUGGCCCAGGUUGUUAGGCUGGAGCAGGCGAUGGCUGAGUACGACUCGAUUGCAUCGCAAGCCAUGUCUGAUGACCAAAGGGUCGUGUCGCUUCUGCGGUGUUUGACGGGGCAACUCCGUCAACACGUGAAUCUCACCAUGGAAGAUUCUUGGAGCUAUGCUGAGCUUCGCAGCCUAGUUGCCCGCUACGAUGCUUCUUCGUCGAAGUGGGGAGCGUCAGUUGCAGCGGCCUACGGCUUGACAGAAGGGAAAGGAGGUGUGCUGAUCAACGCAGCCCCGGCUUCAUCCGAAGCUGUCGAGGAAGCCACUGAUGGAGGUGCGUCAGCAUCUACCGAUGCUGCCCAUGUUAGGCGUGUUGCAUACAACCUCGACGACUACGAUGAGGCACCCUUCGGUGAGAUUCGUGUGGUGUCAAAGCGUGAUGUUUGUGAGCAUGGCAACCCCGGUGAUGAAGGUGAGGAGGUGAAGUCAGACGGAGCCUUUAGUUCCGUUUGCAAGGCAUUGAGCGUUUGUGCAAGGACUUUGCAGUCGAGGUGGUGUGUUUCCCAUAAUGCAUCGCCGAGUGACGCAAGUGAUGAGACUGAGCAUGCUGAGGGCAUGUGUCAGCAGUGUGUCAAUGAGGCUGAGCAUGCUAAGGGCAUGUGUCAGCAGUGUGCCGCCGAUCCUGCUGUUUACAGUGCUGGCAGUGUGCGCAUGAUCCGGAGUGCGCAUGAUGCACAUGAAGGCAUCGAGAUAGAAGUCAUUGUUGACUCAGGCGUGUGCUCUGGAAGCCCUGUAGAGUUCUUCCAGGAUGCACAAGGGAACCCCUUGAUGGUUCAUGGGACCAGACGAGCCGAGCUCAGCUUCGGCAAUCAGCCAUCCAUCACCGAGACCUUUUUGGUUGCCCCUCACAUCACCACACCCCUACUUGCCGUGGGUAAGCUGUAUAGAGCAGGUUUCAGUAUGCAAAAUGAGAAUGGCAACAUGAGCCUUCGCAGCCCGAGUGGGGAUAUCAAUAUCCCUCUGUACCUGAAGCAAAACAGCCUUGCAGCAAAGCUCUAUGUGCGUGUCAUUCGACAGGACCCUGCCACCGUGAGGGCCCUGACCUGUACCGUCGGAACCUUAUCGCUGCUUGAUUACUUUGUGCAGAUCAGCGCAGACGUGUUUGGCAUGCAUGGAUACGGCAACCGCUUUGUCGACAUUACGAUGGCCUUGCCUCAAGAAGGCUGUAGCUUCAGGACAACAAUUGUCAAAGCACCAGACUCAGAUGAAUGGGAAAUUCUUGAGUGGUGUGAGAGCAUCGUUAAUGUAGAUGAGCUUAGUGCCCUACUGCCUGGUGGUGGAAGCCGCGAGAUGAUUGUGUUUGCAACCCGCAGAGUUGUGCCUCCUGAGGAGCUUGGUGUGAUGAUUGGUGAGGGUGAAGGUGAGCCUCCCAGUCCUGGUUCGCUUCCUACCCCUCCGGCAGAAGAUGCUGACAUGUUGGAGUCAGAGCAGCAACAACACGGUGCAGCAGCACCAGAUCAACAAGCUGAGCUGGAGGUCGAUGGAGCCCUGCAUGAUGAGGCACCUGUUGCUGAUGACGGAAGCCUUGUGGUCGAUGGAACGACCCUCAGUAUGGACUCCACCCUUGCAGUCCUCAGGCAGGCAGCUCAGUCAUUAGGCCUUGGCCGCAGUGGCGGGAAAUCUACCGUGCUCAAGCGAAUCAAGGAUCACUUGACUCGCCAAAGUCUGAUAGCUGCCCACCAGGCAAGGCAGCAUUUGGCAGAUUCUGAGGAACGUGUUCCAGUUGAGCAACGCCCCGUUACUGCACCGAGCGACGAGGAACGUCGCCGGCACUGCCUGACGCACACCCCGUACCGCGAGUGGUGCGAACAUUGCGUGUCUUUCAGGGCACGCUCUGACAGGCAUGAGGUGCGUGCUGAUGACAGGCGUGCCAGUUCCGUCCUCUGCUUCGAUUUCUCGUAUACCAGCAGAAGUGACAAGGAUGAGAAGUUGUGCUGUUUGGUUGCCCAUGAUUCAGAGACUAAGUGGGUGCAAGCUUGGCCGGUUCAGAGCAAGGGUGGCACAGCGUCGAGGAACUUUAUGGCCGUUGAGGUAACUAAGCUCCUCUCCUACUUAGGUCACCGACGGGUCACCCUGCGAGCCGACCCUGAGCCUUCUUGUACUGCCCUGGCCAACGCCAUUCAAGCCCUGAGGCAUCGUAUCGGCAUGGAAACGCACAUUGAGCAGACCCCUGCGGGUGAGCACCAGAGCAACCACGCAGAGGGCGCUAUCGAGCGCAUCCGUCAGCUUGUUGGGACAGUCCUUGCUGAGUUGGAGGACAAACUGCAGGUCAAGAUCAAGACCUUUGAUCCCCUUCACCACUGGUGCUGGCGUCACGCAGGCUGGAUUCUGCAGCGCUUUGGCGUGACUCAGAACUUGACACCUUGGGAGAGAGUUCAUGCUGCACCGUAUGGGGGGAAACUGGUUCGUUUUGCUGAGUGUGUCCUAGCCCGUGUAAAGACAGCGACUAAGGGCAAGCCACGGUGGCUCAGAGCCAUGUGGCUGGGCAAAUCCGAUGUUUCGGACUGCCACCUCGUGUGCACCUCUUCAGGCCGUCUUGUUGUUGCUAGAUCUGUAAGAAGAACCACAUGUGCCUAUGAUCCGAGCCUUGUGGGAGCUUUACGAGACACUCCUGAUCAACACGUGUCAUUCCUGGCCGGACGUGUUGGGGCAAGCCGUAACCAGCUUCGCCCGAAGCCUGUUGAGAGUGAGAAUCUUGGAAGCGGAAGUGAGGUUCUUGCAAGCGACCCGCCAUCUGAGAAUGAGGAUGUCAUUGAAAGCCCGCAUGACAUUGCUCCUGCGCCUUCUUCGGUCAGGCUGCCUUCCGAGGCUGCACCAAGGCUUCCCCCAGCUCCUGUGCAUGUGCCGCCGCCAGAGAGCGCUUUGUCAACGAGUGGACCAAGGGAGCCUGAGACACCAAUCCCAAACCCUAGUUUAGGUUUAGGCCUCGGUCCCGGCCAGCCUGUGACUCCUGAGGGUGGUAUAGGUGAACCCAUCUUUGGUGAUGAAGCUGAUGUUGGGAUGAGUGAAGCAGCACCUCUGCCUGACCUUGCAAGUUCAUCUGAUCAUGAUCGGUCAGAUUCGAAGCGCCAAAGGAUUCGUGCGGUGAAUGCCCAUCACCACAGUGAUGAGGUUGUGUGCUUAGAGGACCUCGAUUUGGGGUCUAAUGCAGACCUCGAGGAUGUCGUUGAUGAGCCACUUGAACAGCCCUCGGCUGGAAACUUCGAAGAUGCCAGUAACAUUCCGAAGGAGCUCUGGAGGCCUUUUGGGGCCGGUGAACCUCAACUUGCCAAAGAUGAGUUAGCCCUCAUCGAUGGCAUUGCUGAGUCAUUCGAGCUCUCUAGGCUUGAGUCGAUGGGCGUACUUGAGCGCCUACCAUCGGGUGCUGACCUUUCCGGGUAUAAGCGCCUCAGUACCAAGAUGGUUAAAAGCUGGCGAAUCAAGCCAUCCCCAACCGGAGGUGGUGAAGCGUUUCUUCGCCGUGCCAGAUUUGUGGCACGUGAAUUCAAGUGGUUGAGCAACAUGGUUGAUAGUGAGGUUUUCGCUCCUGCAUCCUCCAAUGCCCUUCUGCGUGUGCUUCCAGCCAUUUUGGUUGCGAAUCAACAUGAGCAUUGGAUUGCUCUGUCACUUGAUGUGGCAGACGCUUACCUGACUGUUCCCCAGACUGUCAGCACGAUCGUGUCAAUAUGGGUGCAAGGAGAGCAAAGAUUCUAUCGCCUCCUCAGAAACCUCCCCGGCCAACGGGCUGGAGCCAAGGACUGGUUUGAUUCAUUCCAGUCCUAUCUCAUUGAGAAGUUGUCCAUCGACCCACUCGUCGAAGCACCAGCCCUGUUCCGCAUCCCGGGAACCAGUGAUGAGGGAAAUGGCGGGGGAGGCGGGGGUUUGUGCCAUGUGGAUGACCUGUUUGCAGUUGGAGCGCGACCCACCAUGCAUCGCUUAGGCGACUGUGUCAGAGCAAGGUAUAAGUGCACCAUUGCAUUCUUGCAAGGAGCUGAUGAGGACAUCAGUUUUCUCAAGAGGAAACAUCAAUGGGUGCAGAAUGGCGUUCUGGCCAUCAUUCCGAAUCCCAAACAUGUUGAAGGUUUAGCAGUGUUGCUAGGGGUGUGUGCCCAACGUCCCAAGGACAGUCCUCUCCCUACAGGUGGAACCCUUCCUUUGUGGACACAGCUUGCAUUGCUUGACGAGACCAAGUCAGGGAUUUAUCGGAAAUGCAUAGGAGUUCUCUUGUAUGUUUCCAGCGACUACCCUGCAGCCCAGUUUGCAAUCAAGACUUUGAGCAGCUUGUGUGGAAAGCCUAAUGAAGGGGCAUGGAAGUGUUUGCGUCAUUUAGUAAACUACAUGUUUUAUCAUGACAAUCACAUUUCUUGCUUGAAGACGGAAGGAAAAGGUAUAGGCCUAGUUGUCCGUGACGAGGCCCAUGCUCUUGAGGUCUUUGCAGACGCUGACUGGGCAGGGAACAAAUCAAGUCGCAAAAGCACGAGUGCUGGAUGUAUCGCAUUCAAUGGGAUGAUGAUCCACAGUUUCUCGCGCAGCCAAAGCUGCAUCAGCCUCUCCUCUGGGGAGAGUGAGUACGUAGCUUGUGUCAGUGCCGUGUGUGACGGUAUACUUCUGCGCAUGGCCCUCCAGCACGUUUUGCAAGAGGAUGUGAGCAUGCAUGUUUUCACUGAUUCAAGCGCUGCGCGUGGGAUCAUGUCGAGACAAGGAUGUGGCCGCCUACGCCACAUAUCUGGUCGCCUCCUAUGGCUGCAGGAUUUUCUUUUCAAGUGGAAGAAAGCAUCCCUUCAUGCAGUGCCUACUUCAACCAACCCCGCAGACUUGUUUACCAAGUCAUUGUCAGGUACCCGCAUACGCUGCCUGAGCAACAUCAUUGGCAUCAGGGAUGCCAGUGACAGUUUUUCUUUGGUUGGAGCUGCUGAGCUUGAGGAGCAGCGGCGUCGUGACCAGGCUAAGAAGUUUCUUCGUGCGGUGAAGAGCACAGGCCGUGGAAAUGCCGAAGCAUUGCAGUUGCUUACAAUGCUUAUUCAGCUGGUUGGAAGCAAGGCUGCGGUUGGAGAUGAUCGAGCACAGUUUGAACCCCUGCAUGUUUCAGUGUCUGAUUUCACUACGUCAGGAUCCAGUGCAGGAAGCCAACCAGGCGUCAGCUUUGUGUUCUUUGCUGUGACGGCAGGCAUUGCAAUCAUUGUUGGCCGAGUCAUUGCCAACAUGACAGUGCGAGCACUCUUGCAACAGGUUGUUCUAGGUGCCUUUAGGGUUUUAGUCCAAGCGGGUGGUUUCGUUAGGCUUGAGACGACGGAGGCCGAGCAACCUUUGCUUGAAGAGUUACCUGUGGAGCAACCCCGUGCGCCUCUCCAUGGGGCAGACGACGCAUCCUCGAACGACGAUGACGACAUGAGUCUUGGACCACGCGACCCGCGUGAGCGUGCAGCGAUCCUUGGAAUCACGCCGCCGCAGACGCCGCCUGAAUCUGAUGAUUCCUCUGAGCAACCCGACUCAGAGCCAAGGGACUAUGGUCCAGAUGAUGAUGGCAAUCAAGAGCUUGUGGAGCUCUUUGCAGCGGUUGGAGAAGCUGCAGCUGCUGAGGUACUGCCAGCUUUGCCUCUUGAGCCACUUCAGAUCAGGGAUGAUGCUGAUGUUUGGAUUGCGCCGAUUAGUGGAACCAGGUUCCAUCUUCGUGCAGUGUGCCAUGGCUUGAGGCAAGCAAGUCGCAUCAGGCGGCUCACCUAUCGCCAGAUGCAGAAUGAUUAUCCUGGAAGGUUCGACAUGUGCUACUACUGCCAAGAGUGGACGCGAGAACUUGCUGAUGCGCAUGAUGUUGGAACGUUGGCCACCAUGUUCCGUUUCCUUCAUUUCCCAGGUCAGCAAAUGCAGCAGCGCCGCCAGGUGCUGCCAGAGCCAGAGGCACAUGACGACACGUGA